UGUUUCCUAUUUUGCUACAUGGAUGUAAAUGGCAUAAUUGACAUAAAUGAAGUAGUGCCUGAGUGGGACAUUAAAUGGAUCAAAGCAGUCAGAAGUCAUGGAUUAAAUAUUAAUGCAGACAACAGGACUGAUCCUAGAUCUACAUCUGAGCCCAACACUACUGCUGAGAGUCAGAACAUGACAUCAACACAGGAGGCCGACCCCUCUACACCACAGCAGACUGCACAUCCUUCAGUGGUGGAUCAGAACCCAGCUGUUCCUGAUGUAUCUCUUAGACCAUACUUAGUGGAAUACCCCUACAAGUACAACUUCCUCAUGAAUGAGCCUCAGAGAUGUGAGCAGGAGAAGCCCUUCUUGGUCCUCAUGGUCCCUGUGGCCCCCCACAACCGGGAGCACAGAGACGUGAUCCGCAGCACCUGGGGAGGCCAGAGCUCGGUCCUGGGCAAAGAGCUGAGGCUGUUCUUCCUGCUGGGGCUGCAGACCGGAGACGGGGCCGAGCUGCUGCGAGAGCAGCUGCUGCAGGAGAGCAAAGAGCACCGAGACCUGAUCCAGAGCGACUUCCUGGACUGCUACAAGAACCUGACCAUCAAGACCAUGGUGAUGCUGGAGUGGCUGGACUCUUACUGCUUCAGCGCCUCUUACGCCAUGAAAAUCGACUCAGACAUGUUUCUGAAUGUCCCGAACCUCAUCAAGAUGCUCCUAGAGGCUCCAGAGACAAACUACAUGACUGGACUUGUGGAAUAUGAAGGUGCAGUCCUGAGAAACCAAGACUCUAAGUGGUACAUACCUGAGGAGCUUUACUCUGAACCAGUGUUGCCACAUUAUGCUCUGGGUCUGGGUUACAUUUUAUCUUUAGACCUCCCAAAAAAGCUGGUGGAGGCAUCCAGACACGUUAGAGCUCUCUACAUUGAAGACGUGUAUCUCGGUUUUUGCAUGAAGCAUGCAGGGAUCCCUCUGACUGACCCUCCAAGCUGGGACUACUUCCACGUCUUUCCGAAGCCGUACAGCCGCUGUGCUUUCUCCCAGAUAGUCGCCACCACAAUCAAUGAAAACAUGGACAGAAUAUGGCUUUGGAAAGACCUUAAUAGACCUGGCCCAUACUGCUCAGAUGUUCAAGACUAGGGAUGGAUACUAACACACUACAUUAUGGUACCGGUGCUGAAAAGCAACACAGAUUUUGGUGCCACUGAAUUUUGAAUUAACGUCCCCUUAGAACUUUAUUGAAAAUUUGUAGAUCCAACAAAAAAACAAAGUCCCACAUGCGCAUCGGUCCAUGGAAUGAAACGGCACUGACAAGGAACUAGGGUGUUUCUCAACGCUCGUGUGCACACCCUACUGCUGAAAAUAAGGAGCUACUUCUAAACUCUGUACACUGUAUAUCCCUAAACACCUCUAACUGUAAACAUUUGAGUGUGUAAAUAAUGGUAUAUAUAUAUAUAUAUAUAUAUAUAUAUAUAUAUAUAUACAGUGUUGCCAGAGCAGGAGGUUUAGAAAUUGUUUUUAAUUUAUUUUGUUGGUUAAAUUUUUUUUUUUAUUUUUGUUAAAGCUGGUUCAAAACUGGUUCUGUCUCAACUGUCUUGAGACAGAAGCAUCUCCUGCACUGUAAAAUAAAAUUUAACUAAGAUUAAAUGUCGUCUAAUCUUUUUUGUGUUUCUACCAAGACAAUUCUUCUUACUGGACAGUUUUUGUGUUACAGCGUUUGACUCGCUUUUCUUCCUGGUUCUUAGUUCAGUUGAUGCUUAAAAAUGAGAACUAGCACAACUCUGAAGGUUUGUAGAUGAACACAGACAAGUGCAACAGCCACUUUGUCCAAGUUAGAAUGUCUUGUUUCAAGCAUCUGAACCUUUUCAACUCAUACCAUCUUAAAAAACAGACAACAGCCAAAUGUAAUUCAUUGUUUUAUUGUCAGUCUUACUUACGCCCAUAGAUGAAAUACAGUCCUGAGCAAUGGCAGUACUGACUGUAAAAUUACAGCUAUUAUUCUCUUCAUACUUUUCUUGUAUCAACA